AUGGAAACUUCAAAAAUUCAUUUCAAAUUUUCAAGAAACAUAUUUUUUCUUCAACAAUGGACAGCUUUAUUUUUUACAUUUGUCUUUGUUAUUCCGCUCAUUCAAUCGUUAAAUUAUUCAGAAGCGCUGUCCAAAAGCCUCCUUUAUUUCGAAGCUCAACGCUCCGGUCGUUUGCCGUAUAAUCAAAGAGCCAUUUGGCGCCAUCAUUCUGGCCUCACCGACGGACUUGAUCAAGGGGUGGAUUUGGUGGGAGGUUAUUAUGACGCCGGAGACAAUGUUAAGUUUCAACUUCCGAUGGCUUUUACUAUAACGAUGCUUUCAUGGAGUGUCAUUGAAUACGGGGAAGAUAUAGCCGCCGCAGGCGAGUAUAGAUACGCGCUUGAGGCCAUCAAGUGGGGGACGGAUUACUUCGUUAAAGCUCACACUCAUCCUUACGUCCUCUGGGUUCAGGUAGGUGAAGGAGACACAGAUCAUUAUUGUUGGCAAAGGCCGGAGGACAUGACCACAUCUCGUCGAGCUUAUAAGAUCGACGAGGCUCAUCCCGGGUCGGAUGUCGCCGGAGAGACGGCAGCCGCGUUGGCGGCGGCGUCAAUUGUGUUUAGGAAAACAAAUCCACAUUACUCUCACCUUCUCUUGGUCCACGCGGAACAGUUGUUUGAGUUUGGUGACAAGUUUAGAGGGAAGUAUGAUACAAGUGUUGGAGCAGCCAAAGGUUACUAUCCAUCGUUGAGUGGUUACAAGGAUGAGUUGUUAUGGGCAGCUAUGUGGCUCUACAAGGCCACCGACAAAUCCUAUUAUUUAAAAUAUGCAUUACAAAAUGCUCAAUCUUUUGGGGGUACGACUUGGGCCAUCUCAGAAUUCAGUUGGGAUGUCAAAUACGCUGGCCUCCAACUACUCGCCUCUACGUUGCCAAGGCAAGGAAAAGAAGAAGCCAAAAUUCUCCAAGAGUAUCGUUCGAAAGGCGAAUACUACGUUUGUUCAUGUCUAAACCAGAACAAUAAAACUAAUGUACAUCGCACCCCAGGAGGCCUCUUGUACAUCCGUCAAUGGAACAACAUGCAAUAUGUCUCUAAUGCAGCAUUUCUCCUCAUGGUGUAUUCCGAUCAUCUCAGGGAAACUAAUCAGAUGGCUAGGUGUGAACGUCGUUCCGUGGGCCCCGAAGAAAUCUUCGCCUUCGCGAAAUCCCAGGUUGACUAUAUUUUGGGUUUGAAUCCGAGGGGCGUGAGUUACUUAGUCGGCUACGGACCCAAGUAUCCCCAAAGGGUGCACCAUAGGGGUGCAUCGGUUGACUCAUACAAAAAGCGUAAAAGCUUCAUAAGUUGUACUCAAGGUUAUGACAAUUGGUUCGGACGCAAGAAUCCGAACCCGAAUACCCUAUUCGGGGCAUUAGUCGGUGGGCCGGAUAACAAGGACCGAUUUAAUGAUCAUAGGAGAAAUUACAUGCAAACAGAGGCUUGUACUUAUAACACGGCUCCUCUUGUUGGAUUAUUUGCAAAAUUGCAUGGGCUAGACAGAGACAUCGACAUUGAAGAUUCAACAUUAUUUUCUGCUGAGUAAAUAGUUUAUGGGCUACUAUUUAUCCGAAAAAUGCCACGUAGUUGUUUUUAUUUACUUUUUGAUUGAUUGAAGAAAGAAAUACAACAAAGGGAAAAAGGUAUAUAGAAUAUAGUUCGUUCCAUGUAUUCAUCUUUUGAUGUUCCACGAUUCACUUUUAUGAAUAAAUGAA